AUGGGGGAAGCAACUGCACCAGCAGUGCAAAAGUUCUACACGGUGGGCGACAAAGAUGAAUUUGACCCCGAGAAGUGGACGUCCAGUACUCCAAAUGAGCUGCCUGAGCGUGACCCAGAGACGCAUGUCAAAGUGCUGAUUGUUGGAGCCGGUUUCGCUGGCCUGAUGACAGCGUUGGAGUGCUGGAGAAAAGGGCAUAAUGUCGUGGGAAUUCUAGAGCGGAACGAUGGCCCUAAUUACAGCGGUUCGUCCUAUCCCGAUUUCCAUGCUCCUGCCGAGGUAAAUGGAAUGAAGAGAACAUCAGCUUCUAACGGUACCGGAUUUAUAGGAGAUCUUAUUAUCAUCCAGCCCUCGGCGAUUGCCGUCUUCCGUCACUGGCCCGACAUGCUUCGUGAGCUCGAAGAAGACAAAGUGACAGCCCCAACCUAUUACUAUAGGCACACCAGUGAUCUCAUCUACGGGCCUUCAGAACCCAGCUACAAUGAUCCCGAGCACCUAGCGGAGCGAGAGAACUUCCCGUAUGUGGGUCCUGUACAGAUCCGAAAGAAGUUCUACACAAUGUUGUUGCGUCAGGCAGCCAAAAUAGGCAUCAAAGUUGACUAUGGGCAACGUGUUGAUCAAUACUUCGAGGAUGAACAGGCUGGUGUGGGCGGAGUCGUGAUAGAAGGUGGCUCAGUUCGAGUGGCCGAUAUAGUCGUUGCAGCUGAUGCCUUCAAGUCUCGAUCCGAACUUCUAAUCGCUGGAAAACACAUGCCCACGCAGUCAAGCGGCAUGUCCGUCUACCGUGUAUCCUUCCCAGCCCACCUUGCUAUGCAAGACGAAGAAGUCCGGAAGCGGUGGGAAGGUGUCACGGCAAAUGAGUUCUGGCUGGGAGCUGGCAUGCAUAUCGGACUGUACGUAUCACCAGAUCUAGUAGCCUUCGGGAUCACUCCACGAGAUGAGUUCUUGGUGGAGGGGAGUGCCAAGGCCAAGGAGUCGUGGGAUCCGGACGUCGACCCUGAAGAGGUGAUUGAAUUACUCCGUCGCUUGCCUGGCUGGCAUCCGGCAGUUGAGGCACUGAUACGUGCUACCCCUAGGGGAAGGUUGAUCCACUGGCCACUGCUAUGGCGCAAUCUGCGUCAGGAGUGGACGUCUAGAGGGGGGCGAGUCGUCCAGGUGGGAGAUUGCGCACAUUCCACAAUUCCAGCAUCAGUCAGCGGUGGAACUCUAGCUCUCGAGGAUGCAAUAACGCUGGCAUCAAGCUUGCAAUUAGCAUCUCAUGGGGGGCCCAGUGGUGCACCUCUUGGAGCCAAAGUUUACAAUCUUUUACGAUACCAGCGUGUCAGCUGCACGCAAAAGAUGGCCUUUGUAAACUCACAGCUCCUGAACGCCACUAGCGACUGGGAUGCCAUCAUGAAGGAUCCGAAGACGGUGCGCCUGCGCUUUCCCAAGUGGGUAUUCAACCAUGACCCCGAAGCCUAUGUCUAUGAGAAAUAUGGGCAGGCUUUUGCGCAUCUUGUCACUGGUGCUAAGUUUGAGAAUACCAACUUCCCCCCGGACAUAAGUUUGUACCCUGGACAAUUGAAGACGUCUAUAAGGAUAUUGGAGAAGGAAAGAAAAUUGAGCAGUUGUUGGAUGGAGAUUGGUCAUAAGGUUAGUGCAACAGAUUGA